CCCGCACGUAGAUAUUGGGGUUGGUUUGCAGAAGGUUAGAGGUCGGUCUGGGACCAGGGUGAUCGCUGAGACAUGGCGCUGCGCCGGGACGCGCUGUUUGUCUUCGCCGUGAUUUUCCUGCUGGCGGUGCCCGGCUGGGUGACCGGAGCCGGCUUGUACUCUCCCAGCGACAACAUCGCCCUCCUGAAGACCGACAACUUCGACCGCAUCCUGUACCGCUCCAGCAAUGCCUGGCUGGUGGAGUUCUACGCCUCCUGGUGCGGACACUGUAAAAACUUCGCUCCUGUGUGGAAGGCGCUAGCCAACGACAUCAAAGAAUGGAGACCCGCGGUGAGGCUGGCAGCGGUCAACUGUGCAAACAGUCAGAAUGUGAAAAUCUGUCGAAGAUUUCAAGUGACCGUCUAUCCAACAAUGAAGUUCUUCAGAGCAUUUUCAAAACCGCCAUUCAAGGGAGAGGGUCUUAAAGAUGCUGAUUCCAAGUCCAGUUUAGUAUCUCUACGCCAUUACAUCAUUGACCUCCUGGAGCAACAUGGAGAGGCUGAGUGGCCCCCAGACUGCCCCCCGUUGGAACCAGCCAGCAUGGCAGAGGUCCAGAAUUUCUUUGCUGUCAACAAGGUUCAGUAUUUGGCACUGAUUGUUGAAGAAGAGAGCUCCUACCUGGGGCGUGAGGUGACCCUGGAUAUGCUGCAGUACGAAAACAUCGCUGUGCGUAGAGUUCUGAGUAGUGAGGCGAACCUCACAGCAAUGCUUGGCAUUCAGAAGACCCCAUCCUGCUAUCUAUACUUUGCCAACAACACCUUCAGGAAUGUCACAGUGAAAAUGCCAAUACGCGCUUUCUACAAGUAUUACUUGAGCCGGUUGCCAGGGGUGAUGCGCGUCGCUCCGAGUCUGCCUACAGUAGAGCCCAUAAACAUGACCACUGCACCACCAUGGAGAGACUUUGACAGUUCCAAGGUAUACAUGGCUGACCUGGAGUCAUCACUUUACUACUCUCUCAAAAUGGAGGUGGGAAUACAUCAGGUGCUAUCUGGAAAGAACCUCACUGCCCUGAAACACUUCAUCGGUGUGCUCACAAAGUUCUUUCCUGGGCGAUCCUUUGUCAUGAAGUUGCUUCAAACCAUUAACUCCUGGCUAGAAGAGGGCAACAUGGCAUCAAUCUCCUACAAUGCUUAUAUUGAUGUGCUAAACAACAAGAAUGGGACAACUGGGGCCCUGUUGCCUGAUGGACUGAACUGGGUCAGUUGCCAGGGCAGCAAGCCCCACUUCCGAGGUUACCCCUGCUCUGUGUGGACACUGUUUCACCUCUUGACAGUGCAGGCUGCAAAACACAACAAAUCAAUGGCUGACAGGGGAGAGACUACACAGGCCGACCCCCUGGAGGUGCUAAACACCAUGAGACAGUAUGUCAAGCAUUUCUUUGGCUGUGGGCAUUGUGCCAAACAUUUCGAAGCCAUGGCACAAGAGUCCAUGUAUAAAGUCAGCAGCUUUGAUGAGGCCAUCUUGUGGCUGUGGUCUCGGCACAAUCGGGUGAACGACAGGCUGGCAGGUGCAGACACUGAAGAUCCAAAAUUCCCAAAGCUCCAAUGGCCACCUCCAGAUAUGUGUACAGAAUGUCACAGUGCACACAGUGGAGAGCACAUGUGGGUUAGAGACGAAGUGCUAACAUUUCUCAAGACCCACUAUUCAACUCAGAACAUUGAUUACAGUUACCUGGAAGGGGAGCAGGAACUACUGAGGAAACAGAAACCAAAGGAAGAAAUUCAGCAGGGCCAACAGAAGGUGCCACUAAAAGAAGAGGAGAACGAAGACGAGGGUGAGGAAGAAGAAAUGACAGAGGAGCCACCAAAAAAUGAUGAGAUCUCCAGAACCAUCACAGGUAUAAGAAGGGAAGGGAGUCAAAAGAGGACUUUCAUUAAGGGAAAGCAAAUAUCCAGGAGAGAAGAAGACGAUAUUGUGGACUUAGACUUAUUUGUGAAUGAGCAGUACAAAAGCCAAGCUUUGAAGCAGAGGGCUGAAAAUCAGAGGGAGGGCCAAAUGAAUGAGGGACUCCGCAGAUCACAACUGCACCUACAGUCCAUUGAUGACUCAGAGUCACUCAACCAUGCCUUGCUUCAGUCGAGAUUGCAGAAACGAGCAAUCGAGGGCAGGCAUCUUGGAGCCAUAGCCAGGCCUAAUUGGCUGAGCAUGCUGGGAAGGAGUCUGUCCCGUACAGACCUCAGCCUUUGUGUGCUGCUGUACCUCCUGUCCUCUCUGUGCCUGCUGUCCAUGUACCUCUAUUUCAAAAUGAGGUUUCGUUGGCGGAAAUGGAAAAACAGCUUUGCAUCCUCCUGAUUAGGAGUAGCAUGUAGCAUUGGAAAGAAAUGAUGGAAUGAAUGCAUGGACUAUGUAGGUCACAGGGACUGAAGUAACUUUUUGUUUUUUUUUCUCUCCUCAGAUUAACUGUAUAUAGAUGAAGAAGCCCUUGACAUAAAAACAAUUUGGAAUGUCACUUAACUGUAUGUGGGGUGAACAUAUUUUCUUCGGAUCUCUUAUACAAUUAUGGUCAUGUGAUUGCACAAUAAGGAGCACUAAAUUUAGCAGAUUGCAAUUAAUCUGUGUUAUCUCCAGCUUUUAAAAAAAAAUCCAUAUCUGAAUGUCUGUCUCUCCAGUAGUGUCGCGCUGCUCUUUGAAGGGAUUGCUGUUGAAAAAGAAAUCGACUUAGUGCAAGGCUUAGCUCCUGUAAAUUCACCAAAGUUGAGUCUGAUAAACCUCUCAUUUGAAAGCCUAUCCUACCAAGGAUCUAUCAGGCCAGGCUUCAGUGUCCCUGUUUCCAGGCCUGUUCAAUUACUCAGGGGAAUGUCAAUGGGAAAGUUGAGCAUGGGGAGGCAACUGACCACACUUUUCCCUAGGAAUAGCUAAGUCAAAGCGAAACUUUUCAAGGGACAACUUUUAAAGCAUAUCUAAAGAGCAAACCAAGAAUCCCUUCUUGGCAAUCACCUUGUUCAUUAGCAUGGUGAACUGGGCAGAUAAUCCCACAUAAGUAGCACAUUUUGUAUCCCUAAUUUCACAUUGCUCCGUUCUUGUCUUAGGAGGCAAUUUCAUAGCAGAAGCUUGAUUUAAGAGGCUAAAACCUCACCAAGUGCCAAUACUUUACCUGCACAUUGGAACAUCUGGUGGAUGUCGAUCUUGCAGCUUAUGGGGAGGGGAGUAGGGGGGGGUAGGGUGAAUUUUUCCUUUUGUUUUGAAGUUGGAGCUGAAAAGCAUUAAGUGGUCAUUGGCAAUGAACUGAAGUUGGACAAAGUUUUGGGCCUUCAAAUAGAGCUCUGUGCAUUAAGAGUGAUUUUGUUUUUUGUUGAUGUUGUUGGUUUUUGAGAAGACAUGUCUGACCGAGAUUGCAACACCGCAUUCACGUGAGUACAAACGUUUACUAGCCACAUACAUAUAAUGGGAGAGGAAGAGAGAAGACCUGGGGAGUGAUUCUUUUUUCACAUCUGUUUAUUGGGAUGUCGGACAUGGUUCAAGGCUCUUGUCUCUUCAUCUCUAAGAUUGUCAAUUCAGUUUGCCCUCCAAAAACUUGGGCCCAUAAUCCAGGUUGGAACGUCAGUGCAGUACUGAGAGACUUAUGCACUGUCGGAGAGAUUUUCUUUCAGGUGAGAGGUUGAACUGAAGUCUGGUCUGCGCCCCAAAGAUGAAUGCAAUGGACCCCAUUACUACAUUCAAGAAAGUGCAGUGGCGGGCUACUUCACCAACAGGAAAACAAAUUAUACAGUCAUAGGUAUCUGUUUGUUGUAUCAAUGUUAUCUGUGGGAUCUUGCAGAAUUUAAAUUGGUUGUCGGACGUCAUACGGUUUUACGCAAAAUGAAAAUGUCAUUGGCCAUUAUUGCUUUGACAUAUCGUGAAGUUGUGAAAGGCAUUCUAAAAGUUCUUCUGAGAAAAGUGAUACUUCUGUCAUAAAUGGUGUUUCUAAAAUGAUGUUACUAAAUGAUUUUCGGUACAGAGAGCAUUUGUUUUGGGACAGGGGCAAGUUACAGACAUGGCUCUCCAACCCUGCCUUGUACUCUGACAGCAGCAGCAACCACUUACAAAUGGACAAUUUUGUCCGCAGAUUCUUUGUCUUUCACUGUAGCUUCAAGUGACAGCUUCAUUGUAUUCCAAUGUGAACGCUAGGAUACUGCAGCAGGUAUUGGGAAUGAACAAAAAUGCCAGUGCAUCUCGAAACAAGAGCAGGAGGACACCUCUCAAACCAGGAUCUCCUAUUCAUCUUCAAGUGAUUGCUUAUUGAUUGCACCAUUACUCCUCUCACAAUGAUCAAUGAAUUUGAAAACAAGCCUCACAGCUGCCUUUGGCCCCGCUAUCAUUUCCUGGUGUCACUAAUAUAUCAAAUGCACUUGCCUGCCUGAGAGAGAGAUAGUUUUGAAUGUGGUUCUUUAGUGUUAAACACAAGAGGGAAGGGGGAGUCAUAAGUUAAGGUAAUGGAUUAACAUUUUAAAAUAAAAAUGGCUAAUUCAUUCCUC